UGGCAGUGCUUAGAGUAAGCACGAGGCACGAGUCACACGACUACGUCGGUGUAAUACACGCACGAUUGUGUAAUUUUGCAUCGCAAAAAGCAGGCUGUAUAUAAUUGGAUUUGUUCGCAAUGUCGGAGUGCGUGGAAUCGAAUAGUUAUUCCAGCAGGGAUACAUCGUGCGAUGUCAAGCCGAGGCACGUGAGGCGUUUGAAAUUCGGAAAGUCGAUCCUUAAGCUCGACGUCGCGGUGCAACGUUCCGCCCCGAAUCGCGCCCUCGUGAUUGAUCAGAAUGUGGCUCACAUACCGUGCACGGAGAAGAGGGAUUACGUGCGCGUGUGGCUCGAGACUCAGGGGAACGAUGUAACAUCGAGCGAUGAUCUGUCCCAAUUGUCCCCCGUACUCGCGACAUCGUCGACUAAGGCCUCCAAGAAAUCGCCGAUACUCGCUGGUAGCAGGAAGCGAUCUAGGAGAAAGAUCGGUAUAAAUAGACACGCUACAGUGAAAAAGGUGGAUAAUUCCCAGGAGAAUGCAAGGCACUCUGCAGACUGUAUGCUGCAAUCUAAGCUAGAAUUUAGAAAUGGAGAGAUGAAGGAAAAUCAACAGGAAGAUUUCAGCAAGACCCAUUGCACACCACCUUGUGUAGAAAAAGUUGCUGACGAGAUAUCUCCUGUUCUUAAUAUACAUUAUAAAGAAAAGCGAAGAAAAUUACAGCAUGAACCAGAGGACGGCAUUUCUCCAAAAUGUUUAAAAUUACACAAUAAUAAAGUCACAAGUACAAAUAUAAAUCCAGUAAUAGAACUCGAUAAUAAUCAUAGUUUUCUGAGAGAGAUAUCUUUGGAUUAUGACAAGUUGGAAGAGAAUGUUAAAACAGUUCCAUUCUUGAAUGAUGCAGGAAAAAGUUCAGUAGAAUGUAGACAGAUAUUUCUAUCACUCGCAAACGAUGAAUUGAACUUUGAAGAUAGUUCAAGUAAUAACACUGAUAAGAAAAUUCUAAACAUAGAAAUAGAUACAAGUGAUGAUAUCAAAGAUGACGUAUGUAAUGAACUUUUCAACACACAAAGCAGUAGCAACAAUGAUCUGAGCAAUUUCAUAGAGGAUGCUGAUACACAAGAAACUGAAAAAAUAUCUCAGCUUUUGAUACCAAAUGAAUCUUUCAACCCUUUGAGACAGCCAUUUACAUUCUUACAAUUAGCUGCCAAUGAUUUGGACAAAACUUAUUCAGAAGAUGAAACGAUACAGGAUGAAAAUACACCACUGUCUGCAAGGAUUUCUCAAAUACCAUCUUUUAAAACAACCCAAAAGACAGAUAAUAAGUCAAUUCAAACCGAUGCUAUUAUUAGUACUAUAACUACUCCAUCGAAGAAAUCUCCAGACAAAAGUAUAUAUGCGCAUCUUCUAGAUUCUGGAAAAAAACGUCGCAGAUCUAAAAAAGGAAGCAUGGUUGCAAGGCUGCAAUCUUUGAUUAAUACGCAGGUAUCCAGCAUUCGUAUAUGGCGUCAUCGAAUGAAUAAGGAGCACAAUGCUGCAUCAGCACGGUUCAUCAGUGUAUUUGUACACAGUUGUACAAAGCAAUUUGGCAAUCAAUUUUUGAAAGGUACCCUGAUUGAGGAUUGUUUUAAUCUCUUGCAAUGUGACAUAGAAAUUGUAGAGGCAGAGUCGCAUAAUGUUCAAGCACAACCAAAGGAAUUUUUGCAUAGGAAUAUAACAAUUAUGCUAGUCUGUGAUAUUGUUGGUACGUUAAAAAUGAUGUCGGAAAUAGUGAUAAAUGUCUAUCCACCUUGGAACAUUUUAGAUAAGCAUAAUCUUACUUUAGAAGCAACAUAUAUAAGUAUAAACAAAAAUCGCGAAGUACCUGAUAUUAUUAGAAAUAAGGACAAUUUGCAUAAACGUAAGAAACGAAUUGUCAAAGAGUUUAGCUGCCCCUGCAUAGAAGAAGGAAGAGAAUUACCAUUCUGUGCGAGAAAACCUAGCAGUGAUAAACCUGAUGUGAUGCAACAAAUAUUUGAUUUUUAUGAUAACAUUGAAAUAAUAAUGUCGAUAGCUCAGGAUCGCCCCGAAUUAUAUGAAGAAGUUAAGCUCUACAAAAAUGCUCGGGAGAGAGAGAAGCACGACAAUCAAGCAGAUCUGUAUGCUGUGGUAAAUACAUUGCAACAUUUGGAAAAGGCUUACAUCAGAGAUUGCGUGACGCCAAAGGAAUACACAGCGGCGUGCAGCAAAUUGUUAGUACAAUAUAGAGCAGCAUUUAAACAGGUACAGAGCGAUCAAUUUCCAACAAUUGAUUCUUUUACUAGAGCAUUCCGAUUAGAUUGUCCAGCUGCACUCGAGAGAAUCAAAGAGGACAGACCAAUUACAAUAAAAGAUGACAAAGGCAACACUUCUAAAUGCAUCGCAGACAUUGUUUCAUUGUUUAUCACACUUAUGGAUAAACUACGAUUGGAAAUUAAAGCCAUGGAUCAGUUACAUCCAGAUUUAAGGGAUCUAAUGGACACCAUGAAUCGUCUUAGUAUAUUACCAAGUGAUUUUGAUGGCAAAGAAAAAGUUGCAGAGUGGUUACAGACUCUUGACAAUAUGUCCGCCUCGGAUGAAUUAUCUGAUACUCAGGUCAGACAAUUGAUAUUCGAUCUUGAGACAUCCUAUAAUGCUUUCAAUAAGAUACUUCAUAAUUCUUAAUUCUUUGAUAAUUUUUUGCCAAAUCUAAUACAAAUCACCAUCUAUAAUACAAAUCUUGAUAUGUGUAUCAAUUAUACAUUUUAACAGAUUGAAAUAUAUUAAAGCUAUUCUAUUAUUUGUUUAUACUGUUCAACAUUACUCAUUAAUUUUAUCGUGACGUAUUAAUCAAUGUAUUGAGAUUUUUGUUAUAGAUAGUAUUAUUUUAUUCAAAAGUAUAUAUUUGUAGUAUUUAUAAUGAAAUUGUUUUCUUGAUGGUUUUCUAAGCGAUGGCUUGCUGUCUCGCAUUACUUUUGCAUCGUUCCUUGAACUAUAUACGGCUCGCAAUAUUUAAAAAAUCCUUGCAUACAUUUUAUCGCUAAGUGGAAUUAGAUAUAUGUAUAUAUACGAAUAUAAUAGCUGCACAGAGAAUGAACUAUUUUAUAUGUGAUUCUUUGUAAACAGUGAAUUGUUAAGCAAUGCUUGCGUCAUGUAUAUUAUUGAUUAAAUUAAUAAAAAUGCGUACAGUUAUAA